ACUUCAAGGCAAAUAAAUUAAGCUAUUUUGUAAAAGUGAGAAGAAAAAAAGAAGCGCAGCUAGCAUGUUAACCGCCGGCAAGAUUCGCAGUGGCAAGAAGCCAGCCAGCCCAAGUGGAGUUAAUAGGAACCAGAACAACGAGCACACUCGUCCAUCAGCUCUGAAUAUGAAUCUGCAGCAGAGAAAGCAGAAUAACAAUGGAAAUACUAUAAGAAAUGUGGCAGUGCCGUCUCUGCCGACAAUCGCUGAGGUGCCCGAAGUUCCAUGGAGUCGUUACCAAAAGCAAACCAGAAACAGUUCGGUGCCGCUGUCAAAAUGCAAGCAGCCGCAACAGCAGUCACUUCGCCAGGACCAGAGUCAACCACUGCCACAACAACAACAGCAGCAACAACAACAAAAUGUAAAAAAUGAAACCAAAAAACGGCGUCAGAAAGGACCACUGCCGGGCGCCGCAAAUCAGUGGUACGCGCUCAGUAAUCGUGUCCAUAAGCACGGCACCACCAUUGAGAUGAUGUACACUGGCCUAACCGUGCCACAGCCCAGGGAGCUGGUCGAUGUGCGUGCCAUACCGGGAGUCACGCAUGUGACCAUGGAAUUGCCGGCAGGCGUGUUGCCCAACAUCAGAAAUAGUACUCCAGACAUGCCGUCCCUGAUGAAUGCCAUGGAUUUCUUUAGAUUUCCCGAGCAUCAUCCACCCGCUCCCUGCAUGGGGCCCAGCACGACCAUACAGGUCAUACCCAAGGACAACAACAACAACGUUAACCCAAACAACAUGGACAGCAUUGAGGUGGUUCCGUUGAGCUGUGCUCGGGCUGCACCCUUGAAGCGCAGCUCAUUGAAUGUGGCCUUUCAGAGCUACAGCUUGAUGCAGCUAGAAGUCGAUGAGGGCCAGUCCCAGGAGCCGGGCAGAUUGGUCAUGGAUGCGGAAAUAUCGCCAACGUAUAUGCUCACCACACAUCAGCAGCUGCGCCUGCAGGCGGCCAUUAUGCAGGAGAAUGUACCGCUGGCCGAUGCCCUGCUGCCCAUCGUGGAGGAUCUGUAUGAAGAGCACGAAAAGCUACAUAAUGCCGGGCUUCGUCUCGUGCCAGCCCCAAUACCGCUGCCUUAUGGCACCAUGAGAUUUCACUACAUUGAUCCGCCACUUUUCGGCAGCCCCAAGUCUGUGCCCAUGUCGAUGCCAUGCGCUCCGCCGUAUAUAGUCGAGGUGCCCCGUGGGCAGACGGUGCGCAAAAAGCGCAACCCGGUAAAACAAGCAAAAGCUAACAACUACAUCAAUGUCGGUUCCACAAUAAUGGCACUUGAUCAAAAUGGGAAUUAUCAGCCGAUGGUGUUUUCCGAGUGGAGUAAACUGAAGAAGGGCCAGCAGCCAUUGGAAACAAGUGAACUCUAGGAUUAAUGUUAAUAGAUGAACAUCCAGAAUUGACAGAUCGUCAUAGAUCCCGGUUAUAGCUAGCUAUGCAUCGAAUUGGUGAAGACAGAAUUGCUAUAAGCCUGACAUCUAAAUGCAACUGAACCCAAAAGAACAUCCAAUAUAAAGAACGAAUUAAAAAAAAUUAUAACUAAUAAUAAAAAAUAAUAAUUAACUAUAUACAAUAUUACCAAUAAAAUAAGGACCAACAUGAACAAUUAACAAAAUGAACUCCAGCUGCAAAUGAAUCUAAAAAUGAACACUAAAUAUUAAAUAUAUUUUGAAAAAAAUAAUUAUCUCCAUCAAUGAGAUAUUCCAGAACCCACAUUCGUUAAGUAAAUACAUUAAAAAUAAUAAAAUAAGGACCAACAUUUAAUUUUACACUUUUCAAAAGGAACAUCGGUUGUAAAUUUAUACCAAAAUGAACAUAUAAUAAAAAUAGAAUAUUUAAAAAUCGAUCUACAUCAAACAGAUUUGACAGAUCACACAAUAUAUUAUUGAAUAUACAUAGAGCAGACAUAUUGUUCUAAUAUACACAUUAAAACCGACAAAAUAAGGACCAAAAUGAACCCCAUACAAAAUGAACAUGCUUUGCAAAUGAUUCCCAAAAUGAACAUAAAAUAGAAAAUAGAAUAUACACAAAUUUGGCUCCAGCAAAUAGAUAUAUUA